AUGUCCUCCCCUCCCCGUGCCGAUGUCACCUUUGGGGACGACGUCGAUGACCUGAUGGAUUCCCUGGGACUCGGCAGUGACGGAGCCGGGAGCGCGCCGGGAACGCCCAGGGGCCAGGGGCUCCGGAAGGGCCGCGCCGGGACCCAGGAGCAGCCGGGAAAGGCGGAAUUCCAGAGGGAUCCCAAGGGGCAGGAGCAGCCAGGGCCGGGCGGGGCCCGGGCGGAGCCGGGAUUUCCCUUCGGAUCCUAUGAGCCCUCGGUGGCCUCGGGGACCGGGCGGAGACGGGGACGGAGGUGCUCCAUUGGGAGCAGCUCCCGACGUCCCUCCGGGGCCGCCUGGCUGGGGCUGAAGGACGAGGAUUUCCUGGGACUGGGGGACGAGGAUUUCCCGGGACUGGGACAGAAGGACAAGGAUCCCUCAGGACUGGGACAGAAGGACAAAGAUUUCCUUGGAUUGGGACAGAAGGACAAGGAUCCCUCAGGACUGGGACAGAAGGACAAGGAUUUCCUUGGACUGGGACAGAAGGACAAGGAUCCCUCAGGACUGGGAUCAAAGGACGAGGAUUUCCUGGGAUUGGGAUCAAAGGAUGGAGAUUUCCUUGGAUUGGGACAGAAGAACAAGGAUCCCUCCGGAUUGGGACAGAAGGAUGAUUUCCCAGGACUGGAACCAAAGGACAAGGAUUUCCUGGGAUUAGGACAGAACGACAAGGGUCCCUCAGGAUUGGGAUCAAAGGACGAGGAUUUCCCAGGACUGGGAUCGAAGGACAAGGAUUUUCUUAGACUGGGACAGAAGGACAAGGGUCCCUCAGGAUUGGGACAGAAGGACAAGGACUUCCUUGGAUCGGGACAGAAGGACAAGGACUUCCUUGGAUCAGGACAGAAGGACAAGGGUCCCUCAGGAUCGGGAUCAAAGGACAAGAAUUUCCCAGGAUUGGGGGACAAGGAUUUCCUUGGAUUGGGAUCGAAGGACGAGGAUUUCCUGGGAUCGGGACAGAAGAACCAGGAUCCCACAGGACUGGGGGACAGGGAUUUCCUGGGAUCGGGACAGAAGAACCAGGAUCCCACAGGAUUGGGGGACAGGGAUUUCCCGGGAUCGGGACAGAAGAACCAGGAUCCCACAGGAUUGGGGGACAGGGAUUUCCCGGGAUCGGGACAGACGGACGAGGAUUUCCCGGGACCAAAGGCCGAGGACCCCCCGGGCCCCGGCGCCCCCGGACCCCUGCGGAAUUCCCACCCCCGGAGGGUCCCGGAGCCCCCCGAGCCCGGCAGGUUGGAGCCCCCCAGGUUCGGGACGCGGCCCCACGGGCAGGUGGCAGCAGGUGACACGGCACAGGUGGCACAGGUGGCAGCAGCCGUGCAGGAGGUGCCGGGUCCUGCCACGCCCGCUCAGGAGGAUCUGCUGUGGGAUCCAUCCCUGCCCCGCCCGGAGCAUCCCCGUGCUCUCCCGUCCUGGCUCUGCCCCGAGCAUCCCGCAGCCAUCCCGGCCCGGAGGCGCCAGGUGGGUCCUGGAGCUCUCCCAUCCCAGCCCCACCAGCACCAGGAGGAUCUGGGAUCUCUCCCAUCCCAGCCCCACAAGGAUUUGGGAUCUCUCCCAUCCCAGCAGCACCAGGAGGAUCUGGGAUCUCUCCCAUCUCAUCAGGAUUCCCAAGUUCUCCAAUCCCACCAGCAUUCCCAGGACCAUCCCGGCUGUGGGGUCGCCCUGCGGACCCUCCAGGCCCGGCUGGAGGAGCUGGAGAACCAGGUGCGGACGCUGGAGCUGGAGCGGGCGCGGUGGGGACGGGUCCUGCAGGAGCUCCCGGAGAGCUGCCACAGAUCCCAGGAUCACCCCCGAAUCACCCUGGAUCUCCCCAGAUCCCAGGACCAGCCCAGACCCCAGGAGCAGGACGAGCAGCUCACAGCGCUCCAGGCCCGGCUGUGCCAGCAGCAGCGGGACGCGGAGCGGGAGCAGAGCCGGCUCCAGGAGGCCGUGGCUGACUUGGAGACCAGGCUGGGGGAGCGGGAGCAGCUCCUGGAGCAGGAGCGCCGUCGCGCCGCAGCCGAGCGCAGCCGGGCGGAUUCUCUGCGGGAGGCGCUGGAGGAGCAGCGGCGCCUCUCGGCUCAGCUGCUGGCCAUGGAGAGGGCGGCGCUGGACGAGGCCAAGGGCGCGUGGCUGGAGGAGCAGCGGGCGGAGCUGCGGGAGCGCUCCGAGGAGCGGCGGCGCCUGGCGGCCGCCUGGGCCGAGCUGCGCUCGCGGGAGCGGCUGGGCCGGGAGCGGGAGGAGCAGCACAAGGAGCGCGCCCUGGGCCUGGACGCGGCGCUGAGGAGCCUGGCCAAGGAUCAGGCAGAGCUGAAGUUCCGGAGCAGGGAGAUGAGAUCCAAGGAGGAGCAGCUGGAGAGGGACAGGGAGGAGCUGGAGGAGGCCUGGCGGGAGCUGAGGCUGCAGAAGGAGAAGGUUCUGAGGGCUGAGCAGCGCCUGCAGGAGCGGGAGGAGGAGAUCCGUGACCUGGCGGAGCGCUCGCUGCAGCAGCAGCAGGAGGCGCUCGCUGCAGCAGCACGCUCGCUGCAGCAGCAGCAGGAGGGCCAGCGGGCGCUGCGGGAGUCGCGCCGGGCGCAGCAGGAGCAGCGGCAGCGGCUGCAGGAGCUGCAGGAGCAGCAGGAGCGGCUGCGGCAGCAGGAGCAGCGCCUCACACAGGGCCGGCGGAGCCUGGAGCGGCAGCGGGAGCAGCUCCGGGAGCUGCAGGAGGAGCUGGGCCCCGCCUUGGGGACAGGGACAGCGCUGGGGACAGGGACAACGCUGGGGACACUGCCAGGGACACUGCCAGGGACGGGGACAACGCUGGGGGCUCCCGGGUUCCUGCCAACACUCCUUGGGGACAUUGGGGACACUCUGCUGUCCCCUCCUGCAGGGGCUCCCGGGUUCCUGCCAGCCUUGGGGACACUCCUUGGGGACACUGGGGACAGCGCGGCCGCACUCUACGGACACGUCCUGCUGCUGAAACACCGUGCCAGGAUGGACCAGGAUUUCCUGGAGAGCGAGCGGCAAUUCCUGGAGAGCCUGAAAAAAGGGCCCUGAGCCCCGGGACGGCAAAAUGGAGCCUGGGCAAAAGGAAAAGAAACAUUUAAAAUUAAAUAAAAAUUCCCUGCUGAGAAA